GGUCAAACGUUUUAUAUGCAGGGUGACCAACAAGUAGGUUUACAGUCAUUACACGCCAAUGGUGUAAUACGAGAACUCGUCUUCCCUAAAGCACUCGACCUGGACCGGCCUAAAAGAUCUCGAACUACUUUUUCUAAAGAACAGCUGUAUUUCCUGGAAGAAGAGUUCCAACGAAAACAAUAUAUGGUUGGCAAAGAGAGAUCUCAACUUGCAAAACGUCUUUGUCUGACAGAAACACAAGUGAAAGUAUGGUUUCAGAACCGAAGAACCAAAUCUAAGCGUGACAAAUGCCGAGAAACUAUGGAUAUGGCGAAAGAUUUGUUUCCUGCCGAUAAUUUAUUAAAAUAUUUACAACCGUCAAGUCAACCGCCAUGUAACUGCUAUGGUUUGCUAUCUUAUCAGCAAUACACGCCGUUUUAUUCCAUCUCAGGCAUGACUCAGCUUUAAAUCAGGUCAAACAUUAAGUACGAUAUAAUAUCGUUUGGUGAUGGUGACAGCAGAGUUGCAAAUAUUUGUGAGGAAACGGGAUUUUAUCGGUUUCAUAACAGAUACAGCGUGAGAGUCUCUAUGUGGUUACCGAUCUUGUUAGGAAUGACAGUCAAAUCUCCCUCAAAUCACAUCUUCCUCACUUAGAAAAAAACACACAUUUGAUUGAUAAUGUAAUCCUGGAUUUCCUUCACAUAGGAAAAAAAGACAGAUAAGACGAGAUGGUCACGGUUGAAAUACAUUUGAUCGCAGGUCCUCUCAAUCGGGAUUGACCUGGGUCUAAACGAUAACUUGACUGUAUAAAAUUUUUAGUGGUUUUAUGAAAUGGUUCAACCAUUUCAAAAUAUCGAAAUAGCUCAUUUAUAAUGAAAUAAAGUUUACAUAAAUAAA